GGCCGACUACUCUAAAACCCCAAGACAGUAUUUCAGUAUCAUGGCAAGCUUCUUCAUUCAGUCAGCUCGAAAAACCCUUUCGUCUUCCUCCACUUUUUCUAAAACCCUAAUUCAUGGCGCCACCUCUGCAUUUUUUUUCCAAUCCAGACCCUAUGCAACUGAGUUAAUGACAAAAUCACCCUUCGUAGCUAACAUUCUCAGAAUCCUCCGCACCGAGAUCCAGUACCAGUCCGAGUACGCACCUCCCCUUCCGCCUGCUACGAAAUUCAACUCGUUUACUGUCGAAGAUCGAGCAGGAGAGCAAUGGAUGAUGAUGAAUAGGAAAUUUGGAGAAGAUGAAGAUGUUAAAAUUGAAGUUACAAUGUUUGAUGGCAUGGUCUCUGUUCCUAAAGUGGAAGAGGAUAGCUCUGGGGAACAAGUGCGUCUUCACAUUACUGUAAUCGUUGAUGUUUCCAAGGGUGAUGGCUCUGGUUCACUGCAGUUUGUGUGCUCCGCCUGGCCAGACGCUUUAGAAGUACAUAAAGUUUAUGUGCUCAGUCGUGAUAACAAGCUGAUCAGACCUUACAUGGGACCCCAUUUCAGGAAUUUGAGCGGUGAGCUUAGGAAGACCUUACGUGAGUACUUAGAGGCACGAGGGGUAAAUGAUGAAUUAUCUGGUUUCUUGCAUAAUUAUAUGAUGAACAAGGAUAGAAUUGAACUUAUUAGAUGGUUGGGAAAUGUUAAAUCUUUUGUUGAGAAAUAGGGGGAUUUAGCUAGUCGUAAAAUGGCUCACUAUUUAAUUUUAAUUUCACAUUGACUAACAAUAAGUUGUAUUUGAGAGCAAUGAUCUUGGUUCUAUUGUUAGUUCUUUGAAUGCAUCGAAUGCCGUGACCCAAAAAUGAAUUAUUCAUAUUAGUUUUUUUGAUAGGCUUUUGUUUGAGUUUAAAUGUCUAGUAUUAAUGAAAGAUUGCUGUAUGAAUUUGAACUAUUUGAGUUUACUUUUCAUCGAAUUAAGUAGUUGGUUUAAAGUAAGGAGUUGGGAACUA